AUUGAGCGUCAGCUGUUCAUCAAGGAGCCGUCGGGGCGGCUGCCGGCCAUGGUGGAGUGGUGGAACGGCAUUGGGGCCAUCCUGGACUUCACCAACCCAGCAGCCCGUGACUGGUUCCAGAGCCACCUGCGCCAGCUCCGGCACAAGUACGGCAUCUCAUCCUUCAAGUUUGACGCGGGUGAGACCAGCUACCUGCCCAAGCAGUUCAGCACCUUCCGCCCGCUGUCGGACCCCAGCAUCUGGUCCCGGCGCUACACGGAGAUGGCCAUCCCCUUCUACGAGCUGGCCGAGGUGCGGGUGGGCUACCAGUCACAGAACAUCUCCUGCUUCUUCCGCAUCAUUGACCGCGACUCCGUCUGGGGCUACGAGCUCGGCCUCAAGUCCCUCAUCCCCACCGUCCUCACCAUCAGCAUGCUGGGGUACCCCUUCAUAUCUGCUGACAUGAUAGGAGGCAAUUUUUUCCCCAAUAAAACCAGUGGUGCAGUGGAGAUCCCCAACCGGGAGCUGUACGUGCGGUGGCUGGAGCUGUCGGCCUUCAUGCCCUCCAUGCAGUUCUCCAUCCCGCCCUGGCUCUACGACAAGGAGGUGGUGGAGAUCGCGCAGAAGUUCACGCAGCUCCACGAGUCCCUGGUGGCCCCGCUGCUGCUGGAGCUGGCGGGGGAGGUCACCGACACGGGCGACCCCAUCAUCCGUCCCAUCUGGUGGAUCUCGCCCCGCGACGAGGCCACUCACCGCAUCGACUCCCAGUUCCUCAUUGGGGACACCCUCAUGGUGGCUCCUGUGCUGGAGAUGGGCAAGCAGGAGCGGGAUGUCUACCUGCCCGCGGGCAAGUGGCGCAGCUACAAGGGGGAGCUGUUUGAGAAGACCCCAGUGCUGCUCACCGACUAUCCUGUUGACCUGGACGAAGUUGCC